AUGUCGCAAACUUUGUUGCCAUGGGAAACUGCAGCAAAAUUUUGUGAAACGGCUAUUUCGAAGAAUCACUAUGCAAAAGCAAAACAACGACUUACAACUGCUGAGGACUCGCGAAGUCAAGAACAAAAUCUUGCUACCGUAUGUAGAAGAGUCCCGGAGAAAAGUAAAACAACAGCGCAAAUAUCAUCCAGAAUUCUAACAAAAAAACCGGAAGAUAAGAAACUGAAUAUGGAUAUACAUCACUUCCGUAAACCAUAUAUUUUACGAGAAUCUAAUUACUGGUUUAUCAUUUUAAAAGGAACAGUGGCAUCACUAUGCAUAGCACUAAACACCAUUCAUUUGCUCAACAUUGUUGGACUAUUUCCUCCAACUUUUAGUUUUUUCAAGCUGAAAGCAAUAAGUUACAAUCAUGCGAUAACAUCAGCAACGAAUAAUAUCAAUAAAUUGCUCAAGGAUCGUGUUGGCCUAGUAGUCCGAUGGGUACCAUAUUCAGAAGUGUCAAAAGUCGAAACUUAUUCAAACUGCAAGAUUUUAAUCAACAAUUAUCAAUGGUCUCAGUGGACGGAAUUUGAAAAACAAGAUGGUCAACGAUGCGGCAUAAAAACAUAUAUUCGAUAUUAUAAUUUAAGGAUUAUAAAAGCAGUUCAAAGUAUCAUCGAAAAAGAGACUCUGUCAACACAUUGUCCUGCUAAUGUACAAUAUAAAGAUACAUGGGAGCGUGCUUGUUGUCCUCAAAACGAUUUUCAACCUCUUGAAAAUUACGUCAAUCUUUCAUACGAUAAAGCAUUCUGUAUUAUAAAAUCCACCUUACGCAAUGUUAAUGCAAGUGAAUUAUCAACAAUGUGCAGAAAUGGCAAAUUAUGGACGCCACUACCAAUCGAAAAUUUUGUCGUGAAUAAUUCAUACUAUCAGCGAAACAAUGUUGUCAAAAGCUACGAUAUUCAACGUGGCAUGACGUUAAAAAGUUAUUGGAUUGGAGUGAAACGAAUAGAUGGAAGAAAAUGGUUAAUAAAUGGUAGACCAAUUAAUUUUGAUUCACUCUCCAACUGUGGAAAUCAUUGUUAUGACAUGAAAAUCUUACUUAGUACAGAAGCAUACAAGAAAUAUACAAACAAGGAGAGAUAUUUCGUUUGUGUUAAGAAUGAAUUUCGCAAUAUUAAAAUCCGCGACACUCUCGAUAGAGAAUCUAAUUUCGAGAUUUCGAAUGGGAGGAUUUGA